CGCCAUUGGCUCCAUCAGCAGUGUCUACAUCAAUGGCUCCAGACCGCACAAACCUGCCCUGUUUGUAGGCAGCCUGUCCGCGGAGCAGGGCAUCGCUCCGCCGCCGCCAUCAGCGCCGAACCAGCAGUGAUCAGUCAGCGUAUACGCGACCUUGCUGCGCGCCGACGCUCCGAGCAGCGGGAAGAAGGGCGCCACUGGACCUCGGGCGAUAUCCCUGCCCGUCAUGCAAUCGAGACGCGUAUGCGCAACCUUCGGGAGACGCAGACCCGCCGGGAGGAGGGCGCGCGGAUGCGCCUUCAGGCGUUCGAGGAUGCGCGCGCUCGUCUGCGCUCGUUCGAGUCUUCGUCGCUCGAUGAUUCGCUGCUUGAUACAGUGCGCGACUUGCCUGAACGCAUGCGCUAUCCGAUGCGCCGUCCUUCUGCCGCGGGGGGCUCGGUUGCCGCUCCUGGUCCAUCGUCAGCUGGUCUUAACAGUGCGCCGCCGCCAACCUCUUCAGGUCCCUCGACCUCCGCGACCUCGACCUCGGUCUCGUCCCAAGCGCAGCGCUCAAGCAGCGUAGCCGAGAUGCGCGCGCGAGCUUUCAAUGGCUCUCGUGGCGAUUUCAUGGACAUUCCGCCGUUCGUGCCUCCCCGACGCCUGGACCCAAGCUUGCCCGCCUCUAUCUCACGCAGACAGCCCUUCAUGCCCGGUUCGAGCCGACCGCCUUUGGGUCGAGAUAUGUUUGAACGCAUGGGGAUGGAUGUUAUGGAGGUUCGGACCGAUGGAGCGUCGUCCGAAUCGUGGAUGGACACUAUGCGCCCGCUGCCGGUGGGGAUCGAGGUGCCGACGUCGGCGUCGGCGGUGAGGGGUUCACCGCUGCCUUUUAGGAACGAGCCUUCGGCGGUUCCGACUGGUCAAGCAGCGCCUACGUCGAGCGAGAGUGCUGGCCCGGUUGGCGAGGCAACCCAAGCGGUCACUGCGAAUGCUGCCGGCUCCUCGACUAUUGCACCUGCCUCCAUUGCUUCUAACGAGGCUACGGCGUCGGGUAGCACUCGGCCGUCUGAGGGUAGCGACGUUAAUCAGACCUCGGGCAACGCUCAGCAGGAGCACGAGGAGGUGCGCGCGAUGAUCGAGGACGCAGCCCCUCAGGCGGCGGAAGAGGGCAGCACGCAAGUGGGGACCGACGAAGGCACACAGACAGAGCCGGGCGCCGCAGGCGAACCCGAGCGAGGCUGGCCGCGCGUCUACCGGAUGUGGUAUGGCUAGACCAGUAGGUUGCCUGUUCCCUCGCGCAAUGAAAUCCCGACGCUACAAGUUCCAAACCAAGUCUGUGCUAGAACCAAAUAACGCAGCGGGGCGCGUAUCGACAAGACUGCUCUAUCCACAACUCAAGCACUCUUUCUGUCUACGGACUCGGCCGGCCGGGCGUUGUACUAUACACAUCGUAUUCGUUUUGUUCACGACUGCUAUCUAUUGCUCGUAUCUCACCUAGGCACGAUCCUUUUCCUCUAGUCAAUCCUAUCUUCUCGUCCUCUUCACC